AUGGGCAGCUUGGACCUUGAAUCUCGAAGUGAUUCUUCGAUGCCACAACUUCUUCUUGACCCCCGACUACCGGCAAGCAGCCCAAGCAGCCCGCUGGGCAGCCCGCUGGACACGGGAUUGGUGCACAGUCGAGUACUUCCCAAUGGGAUCAUCGAACACUGUGUGCAGAUUCACGACAAGUUGACCUUUUUGGAUAUCAACGUGGAUCAGAAGGUGAUCAGUGCAGCCUCUGCUCCAUGUGUUGACUUGGUGGGCAAGAAGCUGGAGGAUGUUUUCCCAAAUGAUUUCACAUUACAGAUUGUUCGCAACAUGUGCGAUGAAGCCAAAGGCUUCAUGGACACCUCGCUUGUUCCCAGGGCGUUGCCUGAUAAAGUGGCGGCAUUCAACGAGAUGCCCAUGUUCUUAGGCACACGUGUAGUCGGGGUGUCUGGAAUUAUGCGAGUGUUGCUCACCGAAGCCGGACACUUCCGAGUGGUACUCAGCUUUCCGUGGCCCAAGGCGGCAAAUUCAGUGUCACUCUAA